AUGUCUGGCGCAGUGGGUCGCGAAGCUGUCUUUCCGACCCGCCAGACACUGGGGUUGAUGAAGAGCAAGCUCAAGGGUGCAGAAAUAGGUCACAGUUUGCUAAAGAGAAAGAGUGAAGCAUUGACUAAACGCUUUCGCGAGAUCACAAGACGAAUUGAUGAGGCAAAGAGGAAAAUGGGACGUGUCAUGCAGAUUGCAGCUUUCUCCCUAGCCGAGGUUACAUAUGCAGUCGGCGGAGAUAUUGGCUUCCAGAUCCAAGAGUCGGUGAAAUCAGCACGCUUCCGCGUCCGAACAAAGCAAGAGAACGUAUCCGGUGUCCUACUUCCACAGUUUGAGAGUGUUAUCUCAGAGACUACAAACGACUUUGGCUUGACUGGUCUUGGAAAGGGAGGACAACAAGUACAGCGAUCACGAGAGACAUAUGCGCGGGCAGUAGAGACUCUUGUCGAGCUUGCGAGCUUACAAACUGCAUUUGUCAUUUUGGAUGAGGUCAUCAAAGUGGUGAAUAGGAGAGUAAAUGCUAUCGAGCACGUUAUCAUUCCGCGUACGGAAAACACUAUUAAAUAUAUCAACUCGGAACUCGACGAACUAGAUCGAGAAGAAUUCUACCGACUCAAGAAAGUCUCAAAUAAGAAGCAAAGAGACAUAGCUGCCCAAGAUGCUGAGAUCCUUGCAAAACGACAACAAGAAGAAGAGAAGUUGAAAGCCGAAGAGGCGAAGGGUGUUCCUGUUACAGUGGAGGUGGAGGAAGAGCCAGAGCCAACCGAUGUUCUCGGACAGGAGGACGUGGAUAUUAUCUUUUAA